GGUCCCCGAAGGCCCUGGCCGCGGCCGGGGGGUUUGUGGGCGUCAGAACCACGUCUGCUUUUCCGGCCCCGAGCCUGGGCCCCUGCGCUAGGCUGCGAGAAGCCCGGCGCGCGCUUGAGGGAGGCGUGUGGGGGUCCUCAGCCCGGGGAGGCUGGAAAGAAGAGAAAACUCGGGAGGCGACGUAGGAGGGACACAGUGUCCAUGUGUUAGACCGAGGCCCCCUGGUCUCUGCAGAGGCGGCCGUGGCCUCCUGCAGAAGCCCAGGAAAACCCGGGUGCCCUUGUCCAGGUGAGGAGCACGGGGUAUGCCGAAAACCGCCAGGGAGGCCGAAGCGGUGACUCACGUGCCCACUUCCCAGCGUUGGGGGUCAGAUCGGGACCCUGCCCCCGCCCCCACCCUUCCUCUUCACCGAAGGACCAGACCUUGACUCCAAAGAGAACAUACAGGCCUCUAGCGCGGAAACCGUCUGGGAACAUGCGCGUCGAUAGGCGACAUGCUCUCAGGGAGUUUCCUAUACUGAACCAGAGUCUGAAAGCAGAGCUGGAAGGCGGAAUCAGGCGCCCUGUGAGCUUGCAUAGCCACCCAGACCGACCCUGCAGCUCCCACGCGCUCACAGAGGUGUGAAUAUUCAGCCAAUCUCCUCUUUGCUUUAGUGUGUUAAGGGCUUUGAGAUCUUCCGCUAAGUAGAACACGGUAUUCCUGUUUUUGGACUCCUUGAUGCCUGGUAGAUCCACACCUGCACAAAGAACUCUGGGUGUCUGUAAAAAUAUAAAUGGCUACAAUUCGGUCGUCUCCUGUCUCCCGGAGGUGCGAGUCACCUACCGAGAACCAAGAAAAUGCCAAACAAGAACCCUCACAGACCUUGGGACGAGAUUUUAAAAAAAAAGAAAAGAAAAAGUCACCCUAUGAGAUGAUCUGUAAAUGUGUUACAGAGGCCAGGGUAGCUCCCAAAUUUCAUCAGAGAGUAAAAUCACCUGUAACUUCAGUGUCACCUGCCCAGUGGAUGCUGUCAUAAAAGAAGGGUGGGGUCCAUCAAGAGCCUAGAACCAGCAGAAUCUGAGUAAGAAUGUAGUGUGGGCCCCCACUCUGUCCAGAAGAGAGGCUACUGAUUCUAAUGACCAGGACCAAUAGCUGUUAUCAGGACAGGAAAGUUGAGUCUGCAGGGCAAGCAGGGUGACAGUCCUUGAGGAAUUGGGAGGGCAUGAGUUUAUCUCCAUAAAACCAAGAAGUCCUAUGACUGCAUCUCAGUGGUCAAAAUGAUGUCCAGAGAGCAAAGCAGUAUUCCUCAUAUCACAUGGAAGGCCUAUCUGACCUACACCACCAGCGUGGCCCUGGGCGCCCAGAGUGGCAUAGAGGAGUGUAAAUUCCAAUUUGCUUGGGAACGCUGGAACUGCCCGGAAAGUGCUCUCCAGCUCUCCACUCACAACAGGCUGAGAAGUGCCACCAGGGAGACUUCUUUCAUUCAUGCCAUCAGCUCUGCUGGAGUCAUGUACAUCAUCACCAAGAACUGUAGCAUGGGCGACUUUGAAAACUGUGGCUGUGAUGAGUCAAAAAACGGAAAAACAGGAGGUCAUGGCUGGAUCUGGGGAGGCUGCAGCGACAAUGUGGAAUUUGGGGAAAGGAUCUCCAAACUCUUUGUGGACAGCCUGGAAAAGGGAAAAGAUGCCAGAGCCCUGAUGAACCUUCACAACAACAGGGCAGGCAGGCUGGCAGUGAGAGCCAUCAUGAAAAGGACCUGCAAAUGUCAUGGCAUCUCUGGGAGCUGCAGCAUCCAGACAUGCUGGCUGCAGCUGGCUGACUUCCGGGAAAUGGGAGACUACCUGAAAGCCAAGUACAAGCAGGCCCUGAAAAUUGAGAUGGAUAAGCGGCAGUUGAGGGCUGGGAACAGUGCUGAGGGCCACUGGGCCCCCACUGAGGCCUUCCUUCCUAGUGCAGAGGCUGAGCUGAUCUUUUUAGAGGAGUCACCAGAUUACUGUACCCGUAAUUCCAGUCUGGGCGUCUAUGGCACAGAAGGUCGGGAGUGUCUGCAGGACAGCCACAACACAUCCAGGUGGGAGCAACACAGCUGCGGGCGCCUAUGCACCGAGUGUGGCCUGCAGGUGGAAGAGAGAAGAACUGAGGCUAUCAGCAGCUGUAACUGCAAAUUCCAGUGGUGCUGUACAGUCAGGUGCGACCAGUGUAGGCACGUAGUGAACAAGUACUACUGCACAAGCUCCCUGGGCAGCGCUUCGGCCAGAGGCAAGGGCAGUGCUUCAUAGCAAGCACUUGCUUAGUUGCAAGUGAAUUUGACAAUGGGAGGGGACAUGGUUUCUUUCUCAGAAAGAGUGAAUUAGAAAAUCACAUAGUUGGUCUGUAGCUCUCUUCAUAUCUGCUAUUGAUGGGGAAAUGGAGGCCCAAGGUUAUAUAGCAUAUUCUUGACAGAGUUGAAAUUGGAAUGUGGCAUUCUAACGUGGGCAGACCUCAUUUAAUCUCUCCUGCAAGCUGUUUCCUGGACUUUGUGUCUGUACUUUUGCAUCUUGCUAAAGGGGAGUUUGGCUUGGGGGUCUUAUCCAGAGGGACCCUCAAAGUACUUGUCACCAUAAGUUUCAGAGGGAAUGGAAGCAAAAACCAAAGAGUUCUGUUCAGACUUCUGAAGGAGCAAGCUUCCCCGAUGCUGGCUAACUCCAGAAAGAACAACUAUGUGUUCACGCAGAUCAUUGAGGCAGAAACCAUAUAUGUACCUAGUGGGUGGCUUUUAAGGUAUUGAGUUUUUCAUCUGAGUAUGCACUUUUAAAAAGUUCUCAGGGCACCUGACUCGCUCAGUUGGAAGAGCAUGUGACUCUUGAUAUUGGGGUUGUGAGUUCAAGCCCUACUGGGUUCAGAGCUUACUGAAAAAAAAAGUUCUCCCCUCAAAACCCUGGGAAAACCAGGAAACCAGGACCCAACAUAAACUGAGGACUUUCCCAGCUCAGAAACCACCUCUGUAGCCAUGGAAAAAGAAUGGUCAUAGCAAAUGGGCAGGUGACCCCAACUUAUCUAGAGGAGGCUCUCCUCCAUUACCCUGCCCAAAGAGAGAGAUUUUUGCCCCCAAGAGCUGUGAAAGGACUCUUUUGUUAUUUUCCCAGAUUGGGAAUUCAACUUCAUUUUGCAAUAAAUGCUAGAAUAUACAUCUA